UCGAGACCCCACCCACGUUAGGUCCGUUGCUUCGCAACGAGUAAACUCUCAAGAGCAGACCAAACCAAACAAAUGCAGCUCCUCCUGGGCAGGCUAACGCUACCUAACUUGUUCUUGGUCAAUUAGCUUUCAGAUUUAUUAAACCAAGUGCAAUGUCCAAGGCACAACCCAAGAAAAAGGAGUCCUCCUCCAGUAAAGUAUCUUUAUCCGACCGACAGACGGAAGCAGCGUCCCUAGUAGCCACUUCCUCUGAGAGCCUAGGAGGUGUCUGGAGAUGCAGAUUCCCCAAUUGGCCUGAGUGGAAUGAUGCAGAAGUCAACAAGGAGAAAUGGGACUCAAGUAAAGGAGCUGAAGAUGGAAAGACGAGCAAGAGUCACAAUGCUCCAUUUUUUGAAGAUCCUGAGGGAAAAAUUCCCCUGCCUCCAUCUUUGAAAGUGCACUCCUGGAAGCGUCCUACAGAGUUUAUUGCCAACAAAGGUCUCACCAUUGUUGAAAACCAAACAGCCUUUGACCUAAUCUCCCCCAAUGAUCAUCUGUUUUGCAGUGAGCUGAUGAGGUGGAUCAUCAGUGAGAUCUAUAUUGUUUGGACGCUGCAUAACGGCACAUUUACAGAACAAGAUGCUUGGAGACCUUGGGAGCACAUCUACUCGCUGUGUAAGGUGGUGAAAGGUCAUGAGCCGCUCUACAACAACUAUGGGAAAUACGUUGUCAGACUCUACUGGAUGGGUUGUUGGAGGAAGAUAACAGUAGAUGAUUCGAUGCCAUUUGAUGAAGAAAACAACCUUCUUCUUCCAGCCUCCACCUGUCAGUCAGAGCUGUGGCCAAUGUUGUUGGCUAAGGCUCUUAUUAAAGUGGCCAACACAAAUGUAGUGUCAGAGGGUUGCGGGCAGAUGGGCGAAUUGACCUUUAUCCACACCCUGACUGGCUGGAUCCCAGAAAUCCGUCCUAUGAAGUCUGUAUACUUGGGCAAAACCUGGGAUUUCUUACAAGACACCAUUCCCGUAUUUACACACCCAGAUGAGAGUUUGCCGGAGACCAAGCCACCGACUGCAGAUCCAGCUGCAGGGAGAGAUUCCAGCUUUAAUGACAGCAAGAGUCAGCUGCCAGAGAAAGGUAAAGGUUCCCCCGAGGUAGUGGUGUGUGCGAGCUACUACCCUUUACAGCCGCAUAACAAUUCCUGUGGGUUUGGAAAAAUGGCGAAUUCCUCAGAGUAUCUUCGUCAGUACGGCCUCUCCUUGCUGUACAGCCACAUUGUCCUGUUGACCAGAACCCGGGCAUGCCAGCUGGAGGCACCACCCAAACCUCCACCUAUACCCCGAUGGAAACUCAUCCGCCCGCGGAAGGAGAUCGUGGUCUCCGAUGAACCACAGAAGCUUCCUUUGUCAAAACUAGAACAGUUCAUUGAGGUUGCCAGCCCUUUUCUCUUCUACCGUGUCAAGAGCGGCGCUGGCCCCAUCCCGGAACUAGAGGCCAAGCAGAGUGCUCAGAGGAAACGUUCCUACGGAUCCUCUCUGGUGUGCAUUGCUGAGAGAGAGGAGACUGAAUGCCGAGAAGUCCUUGAGCCUGAUGCUGUUGAACACACCACUAACUCACCAAACAGCACAACAGACAAAAUAGAGGUUACUGCAGAGGACAGGAAGAAGGACGAUUACAUCUCCAAUGAUUGGCCCAACACUGCUUUGGAGAGGCCUGUAACUGUGGAACCCUCAGCUCCUGUCAAACCCAUCCUGCAGGAGACAUGGGUGGACCUGGAUGACUUUGCUAAAUGCUUUCAGACUCUCUUGGUAUUCCAUAAACCACAGAUCUACCCACAUCAUAUCCAUAAAUCUCAUUUUAAGAGCACCGUCUUGCCCAAAACAGGCACCAACUGUACUGGAUCAUCGACACACUCCACUGGUUCCCUCCUUCUGACAUCUACUGCAGCAAGCCCUGAAUGUCAAGAGGUGAGAGGCACUCACUACCUGUGUGUAGACAGCCUGCAGCCCCCCCAGAUCCUCAUCAGCUUCUCUGCUCUGCUUCCCUGGGGAGAUACAGCUGAGGAGAAAAAGGACAUGUCAGCAGCAUGUAGGGCUGCAGUUCUCAUCGCCCAGGCCCACUCCUGGACAAGCCUGCAGUCUCAGCUGCCAGUUCUUACCAUCAAAACCACCUCCUCAAAGGCAGCCAUACUUAACUUACCCCCAGGGCGGCAUGUCUUGUCCUUCCACACAAAGGCAACACUGGGCUACCACAUUCACCUGUGCAGCAAGACACCUUUCAUCUUUGGAGAUGAAGAAACCAUCAUGCCACACCUUUCCAAGGAAAGUGCUCGUUUCACUGAGCAGGCCUCGUCUAUAUUGAGGGCCCUGUCCAGAGUGGUGUCUUCCUUUAGUGAUGAGCAGGACCAGCCAGCAGCCAGAAGAACCCUAGAAGAGGCUCACUGCCCCCAAAACAUCAACACCACCCUGGGAAAAGAGGAACACCACAAGGUGUUUAACUCUGCAGUUUACACCAUGCUGUGUGAGGCUCUGGGCAGGAAUCUGACAUCAGAGGAGCGUUUUGCUAUACUGGCCCUCACAGCUGACCCUUCACUCUUGGCCACUGACCCCAAAACACACUCCCCUACAAUGGAUGCAGAAUCAAAGCCUCCAGAAAGCUGGAGAGACAGGGAGCCAACAGACCGCGAGGUCAAGGCAGUCACCAUUCUACAGGCUGGAUUCAAAGGGCACUUGGUGCGAGAGAUCUUUAAUGCCUCAAAACCAGGCACAAAGGAGAACCUCAGUGUAUCUAAGAUCCUUUUAGACAUGUGGCCGAAGGUUGAAUCAGAUGCAGAAAAACAUGCUGCCCUCUUGCUACGCUAUAUCAUUGACCACUCUGAGAGGAAAGCAGAGCUCUACUCCUGUCAGCAGGAUGAAUGGACCAGAGUCACCUUCGCUGAUUACUCUGUCUCUCUUCAAGACACAGCCAACUCCUGGGUCUUGGUUUUUAGAGAGGUGUUCCUGGUUCCUGAGGAGAUGGUGCUGGUACCAAAGGUCUACUCCCCAAUCCCUAAUUGUCUGCUGCACGUCAUAAAUAACGACACAGGAGAGGAGCUGGACAUGGUCUUCAACAAAGUAGCAACCCAUGUCUAUCAACCCAACAAGCUUGGUUAUACCUUUGUAGCAGAGGCUAUCACACCUGAAUCACCCCCUGUUGGUGCCAAGUGGAGGAUGCGCUUGAUUGGCUCAAGGGAACUCCUUCCAAAACUGUCCCGUGAGACUCCCCUCAACAUAUUCUCAGUUAAGGAAUUCAGGGAUUAUUACAUUCCCAAUGACAAAAACCUCAUCUGUCGUUAUCAUGUGCAGGUGACAGCAGAUGUCCUAGGAACAAUUCAGUUUCAGACUUCCAGGUCAGAUGUGUUGAUCCGUCUGUCCAUUCUGGACCAGGAGAAGGAGGUGGCCGGAAUCACCGGGAAGGGCCAUGUGGUAAUUCCUGUGUUCUGCUUCCUGCCUAAUAAAGCCACCAGUUGCACAGAUGAGAAAAAACAGAACCAGAAGGGAUCCCCAUCCCAGGACAAGGGAGUCACAGUGGUAGACACUCCCCAGCAAAUAGAUGAGGAAGUGGGCACAGCUGGGAAAUCAGACUCCUCGUGUGACCAGUCCAAGCCUCCCACAGAGACUUUGGGUCAUAAGUAUGUGUUGCAGGCAGAGGUGCUUUAUAAAAGCUGGAAUUUGGAUGAAUCUCAACUGGCUUUUGUCCAUAUGCUCAGAGACUUGGAGAAGAAUGAAAUGAGAGUAUACAAGCUUGAGGACUUGAACCGUUCAUCCACCACCGACACACCGCAGCAUCGUGGGCCCAAAUCUGACAUACCCAAAGCCAACCGCAAAGGGGAAGUUGACAAGGAGAAGGGGAAGCCAGCUGCCAACUCUAAAUCUAGCUCCAGGCAGGAAACGAGCCUUGACCUGACUAAGGCGAACUGGACUCUGCGUGUGGUCAGUGACAAGAGAAAAACAGAGAGCAUUGAGGUGACGAAGGACACGGAGAGAAUGGACCAGAUUAAAGCCAUUAAAAAAGCCUGGGAAAUGGCUGAACCAGGCCGCUGUGCUAAGGCUUUAGAGUCUCGUCUCAAGUUUCUCAACCAACUCCAACAUCAAGCAGGCGAUGAAACAACCACAGAUGGCGCAGAGAACAGAGAGCCAGCUGCUUCCAGAUCUGAUCCUGGCACCGCUCUCAGUCCAUUUAAUCCACAGCUGACCGAUGCCUCAUGCUCCCAUUCUCCCAUGGACUACACUCCCUUCAUCAGACGCCAAAUGGAUUUUCCAGUGCUGAUGGACUCUCAGAUAGAGGAGAUCCGGCUGAGGGAGCGCCUAGAAAAGAUCCAGACUUACCGGUUGGUCCGAGACAAUGUGCUGGAGCAUCAGAAACAGCAGGAGCUCAACAGGAAGGAGCUAAUGAGACACCAGCUGGAGAUGUAUGAGAACAUUCAGGCAGCCUUGUGGCAGCGGCGUAAGAAAUUCCUUGAUGCUUGCGAGGCAUUUAGAAGCCGUCAGAUGACGACCACAAAAAAGGAAGUGGAUGAGAAACAAGCUCUGGAGGAGGUCCAGCAGCCACAAAAAACAAUCUCCACCUCUGCUGCCACCCAGCAGCCCAACAAAGGUGCCAAGAGUGCUGUCAAGAAGAAAUGAUGGUCAUUGGCACUAAGUUCCAGUCUCUACUCUCCUCAGCUGACUCUUCUCCACAAGUCUGUUUAAACACUGAAGAAUCUUCAUUUAAUCACAUGUAGCAUACACUUGAUGAUAUAAUACCUGACCAAAAGAUUGUUGCUGCACCUGAUUCAGAGCUGAAUGCUUUUGCCUCUUGCUUAUGUCUUUUUACUCUAUUGAAACAUGAAACUAAGGACUCUAAAAAAAUUGUUUGUUUGUAAUGAUUUUUGUUUUCUACCAAAUAUGUUCAUACCUUCAUUUUUACUGUAUUUUGUAUCAUUUUUAAAAAAAUAUUGUCAUAGCACACAUCUAUAUCCUUAAUCUUUCAUUUAUAACCUGUAUUAACAGAGCCACUGUUGACCCACAAAACCAAUCUUUGUAGCUUUUGUUUAUUUCCAUUUAAAUAUAUAGAAUAUAAUAAACCUUACUGGCUUUGUACAUUGUUCAUUGCACUGAGAAUGUCAAGCCAUCUCACUUGCAAUGCAUGGCUUUGACUUUUUGAUGCCCAGAAUGCCUGAUUAUUUUCCACAAAUCUUUUGUUUUCUUUAAGGUCACUGUAUUGACUGUAUGACUCAAAGCAAGCUGGAUACAGCCAACCACCCACAGGCUGUAUGUAGGAGUGGUACUGAUUCAUUAAUAAAUAUUCCUGCUGAUUGAA